CCGAGCGGAGGAGGAGACCCUGCGGCGCGCGGCGGCGGCUCCCGGGCGUCCCGGGCCCGGUGGCGGCGCGGCUCUGGUUGGCUGAGCGCCGCGGGCCGCCCCCCGCCCGCCCCCUCCCGCCCCCUCCCGCCCCCUCCCCUGCUCCCCUCCCCCGCCUCCCGCGGCCGCUGGCGUCGGGAAAGUACAGUAAAAAGUCCAAGUGCAGCCGCCGGGCGCAGGAUGGGAUCCGGCUCCUCCAGCUACCGGCCCAAGGCCAUCUACCUGGACAUCGAUGGACGCAUUCAGAAGGUGAUCUUCAGCAAGUACUGCAACUCCAGUGACAUCAUGGACCUGUUCUGCAUCGCCACCGGCCUGCCUCGGAACACGACCAUCUCCCUGCUGACCACUGACGAUGCCAUGGUCUCCAUCGACCCCACCAUGCCCGCGAAUUCAGAACGCACUCCCUACAAAGUGAGACCUGUGGCCAUCAAGCAACUCUCUGAGAGAGAAGAAUUAAUCCAGAGCGUGCUGGCGCAGGUUGCAGAGCAGUUCUCAAGAGCAUUCAAAAUCAAUGAACUGAAAGCUGAAGUUGCAAAUCACUUGGCUGUGCUAGAGAAACGCGUGGAAUUGGAAGGACUGAAAGUGGUGGAGAUUGAGAAAUGCAAGAGUGACAUUAAGAAGAUGAGGGAGGAGCUGGCGGCCAGAAGCAGCAGGACCAGCUGCCCCUGUAAGUACAGUUUUUUGGAUAACCACAAGAAGUUGACUCCUCGACGCGAUGUUCCCACUUACCCCAAGUACCUGCUCUCUCCAGAGACUGUCGAGGCCCUGCGGAAGCCGACCUUUGAUGUCUGGCUUUGGGAGCCCAACGAGAUGCUGAGCUGCCUGGAGCACAUGUACCACGACCUGGGGCUGGUCAGGGACUUCAGCAUCAACCCCGUCACCCUCAGGAGGUGGCUGCUCUGCGUCCACGACAACUACAGAAACAACCCCUUCCACAACUUCCGGCACUGCUUCUGCGUGGCCCAGAUGAUGUACAGCAUGGUCUGGCUCUGUGGUCUCCAGGAGAAGUUCUCACAAACGGAUAUCCUGAUCCUAAUGACAGCGGCCAUCUGCCACGAUCUGGACCAUCCUGGCUACAACAACACGUACCAGAUCAACGCCCGCACAGAGCUGGCAGUUCGCUACAAUGACAUCUCACCGCUGGAGAACCACCACUGUGCCGUGGCCUUCCAGAUCCUCGCUGAGCCCGAGUGCAACAUCUUCUCCAACAUCCCACCUGAUGGGUUCAAGCAGAUCCGACAGGGAAUGAUCACGUUAAUCUUGGCCACUGACAUGGCAAGACAUGCAGAAAUUAUGGAUUCUUUCAAAGAGAAAAUGGAGAAUUUUGACUACAGCAAUGAGGAGCACAUGACCCUGCUGAAGAUGAUUUUGAUAAAAUGCUGUGAUAUCUCUAACGAGGUCCGUCCAAUGGAAGUCGCAGAGCCUUGGGUGGACUGUUUAUUAGAGGAAUAUUUUAUGCAGAGCGACCGUGAGAAGUCAGAAGGCCUUCCCGUGGCCCCGUUCAUGGACCGAGACAAAGUGACCAAGGCCACAGCCCAGAUUGGGUUUAUCAAGUUUGUCCUGAUCCCAAUGUUUGAAACAGUGACUAAGCUCUUCCCCAUGGUUGAGGAGAUCAUGCUGCAGCCGCUUUGGGAAUCCCGAGAUCGCUAUGAAGAACUAAAGCGGAUAGACGACGCCAUGAAAGAGUUACAGAAGAAGACUGACAGCUUGACGUCUGGAGCCACCGAGAAGUCCAGAGAGAGAAGCAGAGAUGUGAAAACCAGUGAAGGAGACUGUGUCUGAGGAACAUGAGGGGCGUGGCUGCGGUUCCGGACGGGCUGGUGGAGCUGCGCGGGAUCCUUGUGUGGGAAGAGCUGCCCUGGGCACCUGGCACCACAAGACCACGUUUUCUAAGAAACAUUUUGUUCACUGAUACAAAAAAAAAAAAAGGAAUUCAUGAUGCUGUACAGAAUUUUAUUUUUAAACUGUCUUUUAAAUAAUAUAUUCUUAUACGGAAA